AUGCCUCAAGAAAUCGGAGACAUCAAGAAGUUCAUCGAGAUCUGCCGGCGGAAGGACGCCUCCUCCGCCCGGAUCAAGAAGAACAACAAGAGCCAGCAGAUCAAGUUCAAGGUCCGCUGCCAGAGGUUCCUCUACACCCUGGUCCUCAAGGACUCGGAGAAGGCCGAGAAGCUCAAGCAGAGCCUGCCGCCCAACCUUCAGAUCAAGGACGUUCCCAAGAAGAACAAGCAGAAGUCGACAUGA